GACAUUUAUAACCAUUCGUGUCGUUCUUCUUGGCUGUCAGUUGCUUGUCUCCUUUCUGUAUUCCUCUUAAUUUUAUGUGUAUAUGACUUUUCUUAUUCUAUCUUAUGUAUAUAUUUGUCUGCUACAUUUCGCAAACGCCAUUCAAAAUGGUACCGUUGUUCCAAACGGUUCUCAAUACCCCUUCUAUGCAGCCAUAGGAAAUCCCCGUCUAUGUGGAGGCACCUUUAUAUCGUUCAAUCCCACUUGGGUUCUCACUGCUGCACAUUGUUUCGUUAAUGUAUCGACCUCAUCGAAUGGCUCAUAUUACGUCAUGUACGGGAACGCUACUAGGUCAACAUCACAAAUUGCCACCAUAGAAAGUUGGACUAUACACCCACAGUAUGCCCAAAAUAAUUCCAACUACGGCUAUGAUAUUGCUGUGGUUAAAAUCGCCAACAACUCCAUCAAAGCCAGCUCUGGAGUUUCAAGGGCUCCACUUGUCUCCAAUGCUGCAUCUCUCACAGUCGGCCAACAAAGCUGGAUAAUGGGAUACGGAUUUACGUCCAUAGGCGGAAAUGAAUCAUCUUCACUUAGAACUAUAAAUGAAACGAUAUCGUAUGUAGACUCAGAUGCGUCUGACCUGAUUAAAGCAAAUACAGCGCCCUAUUCUGGCGUGUGUCAUGGAGACUCCGGUGGACCUUUGGUUGUGCAACAAGAUGGCAUAUGGAAAGUCGUUGGAGUGACGGCCAGAAUAUUGAAUGCAUAUGACCCUAUACCCAACUCUCCAACAUGUGCUAUCUCCUAUAACGAAAUGCAGCAGUCCGAGGAUGGAUAUGUCAACGUUGCAUACCAACUGAACUGGAUAACCAGCGUAACUGGUCUGAGCGUUGAUCAACUUACUGCGGCGCCAUCUGGGGUCAACGGUAGUAACAACACAUCGGCAUCAUCGCCAGACAGUGAAGGCUAUCAAACAACCAGCAGCGCUACAAAUGACUUCAGCCCUAAUGCUUGUCGUGUCACAUUUUUCUUGCUUGGGCUCUGGUUCGCUCUUUCCUGAACGGGGGGUCGACUGAUGGGAUGGAUAUGAAUUUGUCAAUAACCCGCACCUCCUGGCUAAUCUCGAGACAUUGUACCAGAACACAAAAUUAUCAGCAUUGGGCCAUGUACAUGUG